GGCCCUUUAAGGGUCCAGCCCUUCGCCGCGGUGCACGUGAGCGGCACCAGGAAGCCAGCGCCGGGCGGCCCUCCCUGACGCUCACCUUCACUCAGCUGGAGGCGUUCAUCCCGGCCAAAGAGCCGAGGCCCGUGAGAGGACACAGCCUGCCUGUGGUCAGCGGCGGGGGCUGUUUCGGCCCUAAGUGUGGUGGCUGGAGCCCUCCAUGAAGAGGAGCAUGAUCAGGGUCCUAGUGAAGAGCCCUGAUAUUCACUGGAGCACUUGGCCCUUGCCGCGCUGGAUGACAUGAGUUGCUAAAAGUGAGCCUGGCUUUCAGGGUGCAGUGUGGGGGGCCCAGAGCCAUGUCGGACCUGCUACUACUUGGCCUGAUUGGGGGCCUGACUCUGCUAUUGCUGCUGACACUGCUGGCUUUUGCCGGGUACUCAGGGCUGCUGGCUGGGGUGGCAGUGAGUGCUGGCUCACCCCCGAUCCGCAACGUCACUGUGGCCUACAAGUUCCACAUGGGGCCCUAUGGUGAGACUGGGCGGCUUUUCACUGAGAGCUGCAGCAUCUCCCCCAAGCUCCGUGCCAUCGCUGUCUACUAUGACAAUCCCCACAUGGUGCUCCCUGAGAAGUGCCGCUGUGCAGUGGGCAGCAUUCUGAGUGAAGGUGAGGAGUCACCCUCCCCUGAGCUCAUCCACCUCUACCAGAAAUUUGGCUUCAAGGUAUUCUCCUUCCCGGCACCCAGCCACGCGGUGACAGCCACCUUCCCCUACACCACCGCCCUAUCCAUCUGGCUGGCUACCCGCCGUGUCCAUCCUGCGUUGGACACCUACAUCAAGGAGCGGAAGCUGUGUGCCCACCCUCGGCUGGAGAUCUACCAGCAAGACCAGAUCUAUUUCAUGUGUCCACUGGCACGGCAGGGAGACUUCUAUGUGCCUGAGGUGAAGGAGACAGAGCGGAAAUGCCGGGGGCUUUUGGAGGCCAGUGACGCCCAAAUGGAUGGCACAGACACGUGGAUUUAUGUAGCUGUGGAUUCACACCCAUUAACCCUGGCAACACAGAUACAAAGACCCUGCCUGGAUUCCCUUCAGAUGCCACAGGAGUACCCUUGGAAACACAGAUCACAGACAGCUGGAUGCUCAUGGGAGGGGACUGAGGCUGCUCAGGAAAGGAAUCGCUUGGGUGGGGCUCCUCAGGAAGUAAAAUUGGCACUGGAUCUGGAAGGAGCUGACACAAUGAGUGAAACGAGUUCUAUAAGCCUGGAGGUGAGCCCCGGAAGCCGUGAGACUUCAGCCGCCACACUGUCCCCUAGGGCCAGCAGCCGUGCCUGGGAUGAUGGUGAUACCCGCAGCGAGCACAGCUACAGCGAGUCGGGUGCCAGUGGCUCAUCCUUUGAGGAGCUGGAUCUGGAGAGCGAGGGGCCCUUGGGAGAGCCACAGCUGGACCCUGAGACCGAGCCCCUGGGGGCCACCAAGUGGCCACAGGAGCCCAGUAUCCCUGAGAAGGGCAAGGAGUAACCCAUGGCCUGCACCCUCCUGUGGUGCAGUUGCUAAGGAACUGAGCACUCUCCAGCCCUUUUCUUCCUUCACCUCCUGGCCCAGGCCAGGGCCGGGAGUGUCUGGGGGACCUGACAUCCCCCACCCCAGGCCUCUAGCUAAGCCUCUCCUCACUGCCCUUUUGGCUCCCAGGGCCAAAGGAGCCAGGGACUGUUUUCUGCACCAGCCCCCAGUGCUGCUCCCCCUGUUGUGUUUUUUUUCAGGCUCACAUUGGAGCUUCCAGGACCCUGAAUAAAGCAAAUGAUU